AUGUUUCAUCAAUUUAAGCAACUAAAAUUGAAUUCAGAAGAAAUUGCAUCAGCACUUGAAAUUCACUCCCUCUAAUGGCAUCCAACAAAGGACACAACAAAAAUUAAGAAAGAAUUUAAGUUUAAUUCAUUUAAAGAGACAUUUGCAUUCACGGAAUCUAUUUCAGCAGUUGCUGAAGAUAUGCAUCAUAUUCUAUUUAUUCUAAAUAUCUAUUAGAUUAUCCAAAAUGGAUCUAAAAGGAAAAUGUAAUCAAUGUGGAGAUGA